AUGUCUUUGCUAUCUAGAUACUUCAGCCUAGAGACCAAUAGGCGUCCAUUUUCUUUCAUUUUGUUAAUGGACAUCGACAAGGCUAUAGAUGAGAUUGACGCAGAGAGCGGCUGUGAGAACGACACUCCUGUCAUUGAGAAAAAGCUUAUAGUCCCUGCAAAGCGAAUACAAGCACUUGAGGACCAACGUACUACCCAGCAGAACAAGAUGAACAACCUCGAGAGCCGACUUGACAGAACUACUGUUCUUUGUACCUCACUGUUCUGUAUUAAUAUCGCAAUCUCUGGAGUCAUGCUUCUGAAAUUUAUAAGCAAGCAGUGA